UUAGUAAACAUCAGGUGUGAGAGUUCUAAAUGCAGCAUUUUCUUGUGUGUUAUCAAUGUUCUAAAUAUUAAUAUAAAGUUAUUUGUUAUUCCUCUGUGGGUUUUAGGUUUGCUCACAGCUACAGCAUCUCAGAUAACUAAUAUAUCAGCUCGACCAGGAGAUAACGUCACUAUUUGGUGUCAACACACCUUAGAAGUUGGACAAAACAUGCAUUGGUUCAAGCAAACAAACAGUGCUGUACCUCUUAGCAUUGUAUACAUGAUGUUACCUUAUGAUGCUGAAGGAGAGGCAAAAUAUUUAAAUGGUUUUCAACCAGAUCGUCUUGUGAUGUCUCUAAACAGAGAAAACACCUCCCUAAGGAUUUUAAAUGUGGAUAUUUUUGAUUCUGGUCUGUACUACUGUGGUUGGCAUAGUUGGGUGAUCACAUUUGGUGAUGGAACACACCUAGACAUUAAAGAAAGGAGCGUUACACCACUGAAAAAUGAAACAGAAAUUACAAAUAAAGAUCUCAAGAAGAGUUCUACAAAAGACUGUCCUGGAAACAUCUUUUAUAAACUGACCUUUAUUUUUGGUGGUAUUAUUAUUAUUCUCGUCAUCAUUCCUCUUGGCCUUGUCAUUGUUAAGAUCAGAAAAACACAGAAAAAAGGUAAGAUUAUAUCUAUUCAUUUUAACAGAUUUAAUUCCAGUGUGAAUGUGUUAACAUAUUUUGUGUAUGAAUGGCAAAUAACUGUGUUCUGUGAAACAAUUUUUGAUAAAGUAAUGAUUAAAAAAAAAAAAAAAAAAAAUCAGCAAGUGUCUUUAACAAAUUAUAAUGUAAAAUACUGUAAAUCGAUUAAAUGUCUCUUUCUCUGUGUUGUCAGAUGCUGACCAGCAUGUAACACAACACCAUGAGGAGCCUCAUUCAACGUUGUAUGCUGCUCUACAGUUCUCCAAACAGAAAACCAGAAGAGCAGCCAGACAUGCCGAGUAUACAGCUGUUGUAUAUUCUGCUACUAGAUAGUCUAA